AUGCUCAAACACAGUAAACCCUUCAAGUGUGAAGUACCCGGCUGCAAAAGAGUAGAGGGGUUCACAACUACGAACGAUCUUGAGCGGCAUCAGAAAAGCCUACAUCGAAAGGACAUUGACAAGAAGUCUUAUCAGUGUGCUGUGGAGGAUUGUAGGAACAAAGAGAAGAUCUGGCCACGCCUCGACAACUUCAAGCAGCAUGUUGAGAGGAUGCACAAAGACGAGAACGUACUUGAUCUCGUAGAAAGAUCGGUAUGGCGCCCCAGGCCAGCCGACUCUCCCAUGGAGGGUAAACCAAUCGUCACACCCCUGGACAUUGGGUCAACAGUAGCUGGCAUGGAGAUUCCUUUCUCCAUAAGCCCAACGACGGGCAGCAUCUCUAUGAUGGACUUUCCCAUGAUACAGGAUGCCAGGUAUCUAUCUUCGCCAAGCCAGGACUCCGUGUUUGUGCCAAAAGCACAGCCACUAUCUCGGCUCUCUGGACCUGGGCCUACUUCCGCACCACACAACAGUCGUAUCCAGAAAGUGCCGAAGGUGACUCGUUCUCGGCACAAUGCACCGGGAAUACAAGACUCUCUUUCUACUAUGAAGACCGCUCCUGGCGCGUCUGGAAGUAAUCAUCUCAAGAUUCAAAGGUCCUCACAGGGUUCUUCUUUAUCCAAUGCUCCGCAGACUAAGGCUGAGCAGCAAGCACUAGAGCUCAAGAAAAAGGCUGAACAGCGCUUCCAUCUACCGGAGCCUGUGGACAUUGAGAGUCGCAUACUGGAGUUGAUACAAAAAGCCAAUCGCGACGAUACGUACAGGAAAACGUCGAAGUCUGAAAAGAAUGAUGCACUGUUGAAGAUGAUGGCUGAGCUUGUCAAUAAAGGCCCAGGAUCCUCCGACACAGAACAACGUCGCUCUAGCAAGAGCUCUUCAAACAAUGACAAGAUAUGCCCGAUGUCUGGCUGCGAAUUUGCGGUCGCUCGUGACUGCGAUCUGCGUAAGCACAUCAAGCGACAUAACAGGCCUUAUGGGUGCACAUAUCCUAAGUGCCACAAACGCUUUGGCGCAAAGUCAGAUUGGAAGCGCCACGAGAACAGUCAGCAUUUCCAGCAGGAAGCCUUCCGCUGCGACCAAGAACUUCAGACAGGUCAGGUCUGUGGUGUGCAUCUAUACCGCGAAGGAGCGUUCAAGAGCCAUCUAGAGACACAGCAUAAGAUGGCGUGUGAGGUUGCUCAAGAGCGUGUCAACCUCCGCAGGAUUGGCAAGAACUGUCAAGUCACCUUCUGGUGUGGCCUGUGCAAAGAUAUAGUGCCGCUCAGAGAGCGACGCAAUGCAGCUUGGGAUGAGCGGUUCGAUCAUAUCGCGCGUCAUUUCGAGAAGGAGAAGAGAAGUAUCGAUGACUGGAUCUGUGCUGAGGAGAACCGACCGAAGAAGGAGCUUCUAGAAGAGAAGAAGAAGCGGAACUACUUUGACGAUGAUGACGAGGGGGGAAAGGACGGCGAUCUGGAUGCUGUCGGGGAAGCUGAUGACGAUGUUCCACAGCCACGACCGCGUCCUCCUCCUCCAGACAACAUGCCCGGCAUGCCGAUGGCAAGCCAGGAAACUAUGCGACACUCGCCACUUGCAGGAGACUUCGCGCUAGGAACUCCAAUAAAACGACAGCGUUCAGAAGAUUCGGCAUAUGGCGAGCGAUACCCAAAGCGAAGACAAACGACCAUGGUAACAAAUCGCUAUUGUUGCGCAUAUGACGGGCAGCUUCUCAAGCAGGCGACCGGCCGCAAUACUCGAGGCUUGCUCCGGGUGAUUAUCCUGUGCCUCAUCGCUGCCGCCGCCGUAAGCAGUCGUCUGUUCUCCGUAAUUCGCUUUGAGAGCAUCAUCCACGAAUUCGAUCCGUGGUUCAACUUCCGAGCGACGAAAUACCUGGUACAGAAUGGCUUCUACAGCUUCUGGGACUGGUUCGACGACCGAACAUGGCACCCUCUUGGACGAGUCACGGGUGGUACUCUCUACCCCGGACUGAUGGUCACCAGCGGUGUCAUCUACCACGCCCUCCGCGCUCUCGCCAUGCCCGUCGACAUUCGAAACAUCUGUGUCCUCCUCGCGCCUGCCUUCUCAGGUCUUACCGCGCUCGCAACCUACCUCCUGACCUCCGAGAUGGUCCCGUCGCCCUCGGCCGGUCUGCUCGCCGCAGCCUUCAUGGGCAUCACCCCCGGUUACAUCUCGCGAUCCGUCGCAGGAAGUUACGAUAACGAGGCCAUUGCCAUCUUCCUGCUCGUCUUCACCUUCUUCCUAUGGAUCAAGGCGGUCAAGCUCGGAUCCAUGUUCUGGGGUGCAUUGACUGCGCUGUUCUACGGAUACAUGGUGUCAGCGUGGGGUGGAUACGUCUUCAUCACCAACUUGCUGCCCCUGCACGCUUUCGUCUUGAUCUGCAUGGGACGAUACAGCCCGAGAUUGUACGUCAGCUACACUUCGUGGUAUGCGCUUGGUACGCUCGCGAGUAUGCAGAUUCCCUUCGUCGGUUUCCUGCCUAUCCGCAGUAGCGAGCACAUGUCCGCGCUCGGUGUCUUUGGCCUCCUCCAGCUGGUUGCCUUUGUCGACUGGGUUCGCGCACAGCUUCCCGGCAAGCAGUUCCAGACGCUGCUCCGCGCUCUGGUUCUGAGUGUCUUCCUCAUCGGUGUCGGAGGACUGGUGCUUCUGACCGUCUCUGGUGUCAUUGCGCCCUGGACUGGCCGUUUCUAUUCGCUCUGGGACACCGGAUACGCCAAGAUUCACAUUCCCAUCAUCGCCUCCGUCUCCGAGCACCAGCCUACCGCAUGGCCUGCCUUCUUCUUCGAUCUCAACAUGAUGAUCUGGCUCUUCCCCGCCGGUGUCUACCUGUGCUUCCGCACUUUGACCGACGAGCAGGUCUUCAUUGUCAUCUACGCUGUGCUCGCCAGUUACUUCGCUGGUGUCAUGGUCCGUCUCAUGCUCACUUUGACUCCCAUUGUCUGCGUUGCAUCGGCAAUCGCUUUCUCGCAGAUUCUCGACACCUACCUCGAUGUCAAGACCCCCAAGCCCGUCACCGAGAACGGCAGCACCGAUACCGCUGCAGUCGCUGCUGCAGCUAUCCUUCCCGAGGGUCUCCGAUCUACACGCAACCCGCUCGUCGGCAUCUACUCGUACGCCUCCAAGCUGACCGUCGCCGGAACCGCCGCCAUUUACCUAAUGCUGUUCGUUCUGCACUGCACAUGGGUCACUUCCAACGCCUACUCUUCGCCCUCCGUCGUGCUCGCAUCCAGACUUCCUGACGGUAGCCAGCACAUCAUCGAUGACUACCGUGAGGCAUACUACUGGCUCAGGCAGAACACCCCUCAGAACGCCAAGAUCAUGUCGUGGUGGGACUACGGAUACCAGAUCGGUGGUAUGGCCGACCGCCCUACCCUUGUCGACAACAACACCUGGAACAACACGCACAUUGCUACCGUCGGUAAGGCUAUGAGCUCCAGGGAGGAGGUCAGCUACCCCAUCAUGCGUCAACACGAGGUUGACUAUGUACUGGUCGUCUUUGGUGGUCUACUUGGCUACUCUGGAGACGACAUCAACAAGUUCCUCUGGAUGGUCAGGAUUGCCGAGGGCAUCUGGCCCGAUGAGGUCAAGGAGCGCAACUUCUUCACUCCACGAGGCGAGUACCGUGUGGACGAGGAGGCCACCCCCACCAUGAAGAACAGCUUGAUGUACAAGAUGUCUUACUACAACUACAACGCGCUGUUCCCCGCCGGACAAGCCCAGGACCGUGUCCGUGGCGCGCGUCUUCCCGCUCAAGGCCCCGAGCUCAGCACCAUCGAGGAGGCCUUUACCAGCGAGAACUGGAUCAUCAGGAUCUACAAGGUCAAGGAUCUUGACAACUUUGGUCGCGACCACCAAAGCGCCGUAUCGUUCGACAAGGGCCACAAGAAGAAGCGGUCCACCAAGAGGAAGGGACCUAGGAGAAGGGCCUUCGAGUCGUACAUGGGCCGCACUGGCGGCAGUGGCAGUAAUGGGCAAGGUCAAGAUCAAGGCCAGCCAAUUCCUCAGUACCCCGGCUCCUUCGCCCGACCAGGCAACUCGUAUCUUUACAAUGUACGUAAUCAUGAUCAACAGCAGAUACCGCCAGUAGCCGGACCACAAGGGCACGCUCAGAUUCCACAGGGCUACGACGUACGACCACCGCCUCCGCCAGGGUACAACGCCGACUGGCAGUAUAGCAAUCCGGAUUCUGGUAUGGAACGUCGACGAGCCGCUCCUCUUACGAGCGCAAUGGUACCAUCGUCACGCAACACGCAGCAGGAGAUUAUGGAGUCAAGAUCGAGGCAGACGAGCGAGCAAUACCACUACCAACAGCAUGGACAACCACACGCAGCACAAGCACCACUCCCGCAGGUAGAAGAGGAAGGUCGAGAGAAGUCCACCGCGCCGGACAAGUUCAAGGAUCAUCGAACUCAGUCCAUCGCCCCCUCCGCCGACAAGAUCUUCGAGGGUUGUCUAUCGGAGCGAGUCUCAAGAACGCCGGACAAGGAGUUCAAGUAG